CCAACCUCUUAGAAAGAACACAAAUCAGAAAAACAAUGAGAGCAAUUCCCCUCUUCAUUUUAAUUGCCCCUCUUGUUAUUUCCUCUAGAAUCGACCAGGAAUAUGCCCCAAUCGACUCUCUGCCUCCAGAACCAAAAUCAAGAUUUGCCAUGCUGGAUGAUGUAAAAAUCUUGGCCAACGGCCUCCUUCAGCUAGGACACGGUCUUAAAGAUUUUGUCCACAAAACAAAGACUCAAAUAAAUGACAUAUUUCAAAAACUUAAUGUAUUUGAUAGGUCUGUCUAUGACCUUUCACUCCAAACCAAUGAGAUCAAAGAAGAAGAAAGAGAGCUCCGAAGGACAACAUCGAAUCUUCAAGUCAAAAACGAAGAAAUGAAAAAUAUCUCCCUUGAGCUCAACUCGAAACUUGAAGACCUCUUGGAAGAGAAGAUUCGGCUUCAACAGAAAGUGAGGGGUUUGGAGGAGAAGCUGAUUCCUUUAGUUCACAGCCUACCUGAAGGUCAGGAACACCAAGAAGUGACCUUUCUUAAGACCUUUGUAGAGCAGCAAGACCAGAGCAUCAAAGAGCUUUUCCAAACGGUCCAAGAACAGUAUCAGCAGCUCACCAAGCAGCACGGCCAGAUUAAAGAGAUGGAAAACCAGCUAAGGAAGACGGGCUUCCCAGAAGUGCCCGACAGUGCCCUGUCUUCAAAGCAAAGAGCCCCGAGGACCAUCGCUUCUCUUCAACCCAAUGAAACUCAGUCUGCAGAGCAGGAAGGCGUGCCAGCCAACUGCGCUGCCCUCUCCGAUGGAGGCUCACAUCCCAGCGGCGUCUAUGCCAUCAGGCCCGGCCCAGCUGGAGUCUUCAAUGUCUACUGCGAGAUGAAAUCAGGCAGCUCUUGGACAGUAAUUCAACAGCGAAUGGAUGGAUCCCAAAAUUUCAAUGAAACCUGGGAGAACUAUCAACAUGGUUUUGGGAGUCUUGAGGGAGAAUUUUGGUUGGGCCUAGAGAAGAUCCACGCCAUAGUGAAGCAGUCUGAUUACAUUUUACGCAUCGAGCUGGAAGACUGGAAAGACAACAAGCGCUACAUCGAGUAUCUGUUCAGCCUGGGGAGCCCAGAAACGGACUACGCGCUGUACCUUUCGGAGAUCCAAGGCAACAUUCCCAGUGCAAUCCCUGAACACAAAAACCUCAGGUUUGCCACUUGGGACCACAAUGCAGAGAAACACCUGAACUGCCCGGAAAGCUACUCAGGCGGCUGGUGGUGGCACGAGGUCUGUGGAGAAACCAACCUUAAUGGCAAAUACAUCAAAGCAAGAUCAAGAGGUAAACCGGAACGGAGAAGAGGACUCUACUGGAAGACUCAAAAAGGAAGGCUCUAUUCCCUCAAGACUACCAAAAUGUUAAUCCACCCAACAGAUUUAGAAAGUUUUGAAUGAACACAGGCUAGUUUCCAAAAAACAAUAAACUGAACAUUAAACUCAA